AUGGCCGAAGAAAAUCAAACCGCCGUUCAAAUCGAAGAGAUUCAAGAACACCAAGAAGAAGGUGAAGAUGCCGAAGCGGAGCUCGAGGCAAUGAAACAAAGGGUAAAAGAAAUGGAAGAAGAAGCUGCUAAACUCCGCGAGAUGCAAGCUCAAGUUGAAAAGGAAAUGAAUUUGACUACAGAAGUAAUGACAUUUCCACCUAUUUAUUUUCGUAGCUACGCUUAUGUAGAAUUUGCGGAUCCCUCAUUAGUUGCUCAUGCAAUGCUGUUGGAUAACACAGUAUUACGUGGACGUCCGAUCAAGGUUACCGCGAAACGCACAAAUAUCCCCGGAUUUGCUAGAGGAAGGGGAGUUAGAGGUCGUGCUAGUUGGCGAGGUGCAUUUUAUGGUCACGGCGCCUACUUUGGCCCAACUUUUAGAGGAGGUCGUCCAAGGUAA